UAUUAUUUAUUAUUAUACUUAAUGAUGGUGAUGAUGAUGAUGAUAAUGACACUGAUGAUUUUUAACCGGAUUAAAUCGAGUUUUUCUGAAUGUUCAUAAGAAUUUCUCCGGCCUCCUGAUUGACUUUGGAGUUUUGCAUCUUGGGAGAGAAAGUGAAGGCAUUAGCAUUUUUAAGUGGAUUGAUCACAUAAACCUUUUCUCUCCCAACCCCUCCCCUCCCCCCCGCCCUCAUCCCCUUCCCCACGCUCGAAAGAAUUUUACUGGCUGUUAAGUCUGUGACCUUAUUUUUCCUGAUCUUUAACUUAACUGUUUUAGAGCAUCUCUGGACGUCGUCUGUAUUUUUAAUUUUUUUAUUUUUGUUUUUUUUAUUUUUAAUCUUUCAUUUGUUAAAUUUUUAAACUGUGCUGCAAUAAAAUGUGUGUGGUACUACUUAACACCUAAGUUGGUGAUGGCAUUUUCCCAGAAAGCCAUCUCCCUCCUGUUUCCCUUGAAAUCCCAUCCUGCUUUUCCUGUACACUACCCCUCACAAACCACAAGCUGCAGCAACAUGGAUGCCCAGCCUGGAGCAGCAGCAGCCAGGAUGACCUGGAGCCAGGGGGGCCUUCGGAACAGAUGCACACCCUUCCUGGGUGAUGGUAAGAGUUUUUCAGCUUUGUGAGGCACCUUACCAUCAAAGACAAUGGCCAGCAAUGUUACCAACAAGACGGAUCCUCGCUCCAUGAACUCUCGUGUAUUCAUUGGGAAUCUCAAUACUCUUGUGGUCAAGAAAUCUGAUGUGGAGGCAAUCUUCUCGAAAUAUGGCAAAAUCGUGGGUUGCUCUGUUCAUAAGGGUUUUGCCUUCGUUCAGUAUGUUAAUGAGAGAAAUGCCCGGGCUGCUGUGGCAGGAGAGGAUGGCAGAAUGAUUGCUGGCCAGGUUUUAGAUAUUAAUCUGGCCGCAGAGCCAAAAGUGAACCGAGGAAAAGCAGGUGUGAAGCGAUCUGCAGCGGAGAUGUACGGGUCAGUACCAGAACACCCUUCUCCGUCCCCUCUACUCAGCUCCUCUUUUGACUUGGACUAUGACUUUCAACGGGAUUAUUAUGACAGGAUGUAUAGUUACCCAGCACGUGUUCCUCCUCCUCCUCCUAUUGCUCGGGCUGUAGUGCCCUCAAAACGCCAGCGUGUAUCAGGAAACACCUCACGAAGGGGCAAAAGUGGCUUCAAUUCUAAGAGUGGACAGCGGGGAUCUUCUUCUAAGUCUGGAAAGUUGAAAGGAGAUGACCUUCAGACCAUUAAGAAGGAGUUGACCCAGAUAAAACAAAAAGUGGAUUCCCUACUGGAAAGCCUGGAAAAAAUCGAAAAGGAACAGAGCAAACAAGGAGUAGAGAUGAAGAAUGAUAAGUCAGAAGAGGAGCAGAGCAGCAGCUCCCUGAAGAAAGAUGAGACUAAUGUGAAGAUGGAGUCUGAGGGGGGUGCAGAUGACUCUGCUGAGGAGGGGGACCUACUGGAUGAUGAUGAUAAUGAAGAUCGGGGGGAUGACCAGCUGGAGUUGAUCAAGGAUGAUGAAAAAGAGGCUGAGGAAGGAGAGGAUGACAGAGACAGCGCCAAUGGCGAGGAUGACUCUUAAGCACAUAGUGGGGUUUAGAAAUCUUGUCCCAUUAUUUCUUUACCUAGGCGCUUGUCUAAGAUCAAAAUUUUCACCAGAUCCUCUCCCCUAGUAUCUUCAGCACAUGCUCACUGUUGUCCCCAUCCUUGUCCUUCCCAUGUUCAUUAAUUCAUACUGCCCUGCGCCUAGUCCCAUUUUCACUUCCUUUGAUGCUCCCAGUAGUUAUGUUAAGUCUUACCCUGUAAUUUUUGCUUUUAAUUUUGAUACCUCUUUAUGACUUAACAAUAAAAAGGAUGUAUGGUUUUUA